UUGAUCAGCGUCAGAAUCUCAGUAAUGGCGGAUAUGAGAGCUUGCACGAUAAGAAACACAUUCUUAUUUUAAGCCUUUACCCAUUGAUAUUACUUGUAAAUUUAGUUAAAGGCUGCUCAUGAAAGAGCUCUGUUCAAAACGGGACAAGGAAGAUAUAGCUGAAGCAAGAACAUGCAGGAAAUAGGGUUUGUUGCUGAGUGGAACCCAAGUUUGGCAGUUGUGCAGCUUUGUAAUGGCUUUGUCAGAAGGAUUGUUGAAACUGAGAUGGAACAACCAUGAAGCAACAUUUUGUCAUAUACUGCAUAGGCUCCGAACUAAACAACGUUACUCGGAUGCAACCUUAGCCUGUGAAGGUCGUCUCUUCAUGGUGCAUAGACUGGUUUUAGCUACAUGUAGUGACUUCUUUGAUGAAAUUUUUCAACAAACUCCAAGUGAUACCACUCGGGCUGUUAUUGUACUAAAUGAGGCUCGAGCACAUGAUGUGGAAUGUCUACUUGAUUAUAUGUACUGUGGUCAGGUUAAUGUACGACAAGCCAACCUAGCAUCUCUACUAAAGACUGCUGAAUCACUGAAAAUCAAGGGCCUAGCAGUUCCUGAGGCAAAUUUUGGAAGCCUAAGCACUAAGCGAAGUCAGGACCAUUCUUCUUUUGAAAGCCCAUCACCAAAAAAGAAGCGAAAAAAGAAAAGUACAUCCUCGGGAAUGCCUGGACUACCAUCUACCAAAGCAUCUGAUUCCCUUACUGUUGCUAACUCUCCAUCAUCAUCACCUUGGAAUUCUGUAAAUGAGGCUCCUCCAUUGAGCUCAUGCCAGUUUUCUGUUCCUUCCUCUCUUCCAAUUCCUGUAAUUUCCUCAUCUUUACCACUACUUCAUACUACAUCAGUUAGCCAGUCUACCCCUUUGUCCAUUUCAACAAAGGUAACUGCAUUGGCAUCAGAUGCAGAGAGGACCAAUCCAAAAACUGGGUGGUUACAGAUUGUGUCAUCAAUGCGUCAAGGACAAGAGAUGGCUCAGGCACCGUGUGAGAAUAUGUCAAGUCAAGCAGCAAGUCCCACAAAAAAUUCUGCACGUCCAAGGAAGACAAGAUCACCUAAACCAUCUGCAGUAGAUGCCUUCCCAAGCCAGUUUCUUCAGACAGAAUUCAAAGAAGAAGUGAAAGAUGAACCUUAUGAAGAAUCUGAUCUAGCACAAGGUGAAGAGAAUAAUACUUGGGAAGAAAAUGAAUCUCAACAAGAACCUGGGGAUAGUUGCAGCUAUAGGCGCAUUCCUUCUUCAUACCCUCCACCAGGCCUGCACCCAGUAGUGUCUGGCACCCCUACUUCCUCAGUGUUGCCUCUAGGAAUGUUCCGCAUUGGAUCAUACAGUGCACAAAGUGGUGGUCAAGCUUGGGAGAGCACAUGUCAACUGAGAAAGUCACCAGAAUCACAUGGGCAGGAGGUUCUUCCUAGUCCCAGUCAGCAACCUGUGAGUCAAGCAAUCGUGUCGCCGAAAUUGAUGCCUUAUGCCAUGUGUUCCAAUUGUGGAACCAACAACACCAAGCUGUGGAGACGUAAUGAUAAAGGUGAAAUAGUCUGCAAUGCAUGUGGCUUAUACUUCAAACUACAUGGAGUUAAUCGACCUAGCCACCUCUUCCGCACUGCCCCCAUGACACGAAGGAGAAACCCUAAGAAGAAAAAGGAAGCAAACAAUAGUGCUACUGAUCACCUGGAUCAGGUUAUGAAUGCAGAUUCUUCCCAAGACAAAGAACAUGUGCCAGAAACAGACCCUCAGGAUGGAUUUGCUGUUCUAAAUGCAGCUUUAACACUCAAUUCCCUUCUUGCAAAAGCCAAAGCACAACAGUCAGAAGCCCAGGCUAUUCAACGAGCAACUCUUCCCAUAAUGACCAAGAGUUCAUCAGAUGUCCCAAAUGAGUCACGUCCUCCUCCACCCCCUCUUCUCAAGAUCCCAGUUCCAGUUCAUGGACAAGAGGAAGUUGCUGUUUCACCAAGGGAACCUCCAUUGGAGCCUAAUUCACAGGACCCUGUAGAAUGCCAGACACAAGUCCUUACUUCUCAUCCAUCACCUGUAUCACCUCAUAUUCAGUCUGCUCCAACCUCACCUCAAGAGAGCAGUGAUGGAAGGAAAGUUAUUGCUCAGAUUUUAGAUAAAUGAGUGUGGUUAAUGCUGUUUUUUAUAGCUGAAUGUAUUUUCUUUAUGAGGUGCACAUAGGUGUUACUUUUGAUACCUAAGUGUAAUAGUAAGAGCCUUAGUAAACAAGAAUCAUGUAGUUUUGGCCUACUCAGGGGAGUCAUGAUGUUCAUCAUGCAUGAAAUGAAAUUAUUGCUCAGUGUUUUAUUGAGUAAUUAUAAAAGUAAGUUGAAUUUCAAUUCAUAUGAUAUUUUGCAUGUUAGUAAUGUAAAUUGUAUUGUAUUUUAAAAUAGUAAGAGAGAUUAUGACAAACUCAUUAAUAUUAAGCUAUUGCACAUGUGUCCUUGUCUCCUGUGUAACAGUGUAAUUUUUUGAACUUCCCUUCACCAUGUUAUUUCUUUAUUUGAUUUGAUAUAUAUCAUGUGAUUUUUUGUUGAAUACAUGAAAAUAUUUAAAAAUAAUUUUCCAGACAACAGCUAAGUACUAUUGUGAUAAGAUUUAAAACUCAUUCAAAAUUUGGUUUAGUGUGAUUAACAUUUGUUCUUUUAUAAUUUGCCUGUAGUUGAAUGUUUUUUUCUGAAAGAAUAGUCAAUCUCACUUCUCAUGAAUUAAUAAGAUAACAGUGUACCCAGUACAAAAGAAACAUUCAUAAACUUUAAAGUACACACACACACACACACACACACACACACACACACACACACACACACACACACACACACA